AUGUCGACAAUACAACAACUCAAAAACUUCAUCCGCCAUGGCAAGCAAGCCCGCGUUGUGGACGAAACGACGGCGCGUAAGGAGCCCUCGUCGCGGAAUUCACCACCCCAGCAGCUGAGCCCGACCUUGGCCACGACAACCCAGCAACCCACAACCCACCACGCUGUCUCCGACCCAGGUCGUACCACGCGCACCGUCCCCGCCGCCGUGCUCGACGAGGAGCCGGAGAUGGCGCCUAUCACCAAGACCAAGAGCCGGCGCGUUGCUGAUGACGAGAUCGCCAAGCUUGUCGCCGAGGAGCGCGAGGGCCGCAGCAGGUUUCCCCGCUAUCCCGGCCUUGAGCGCUGGGAGCUCAUCGAGAAGAUGGGCGACGGUGCCUUCAGCAACGUCUACCGCGCACGCGACCGCACCGGCGCCUAUCCCGAUGACGUCGCCAUCAAAGUCGUUCGCAAGUACGAGAUGAAUGUCACACAGCAACGAGCCAACGCAAAGGGGGACAAAAAACAGGCAAAAGACAAAUAA